AUGAAGAUCACCUGGGAGAGUGGCGAUUGGCCAGGUGCCAGGAUCGAGCCUGCUAUCACCCAUUUGGCAUGGGUGGCUCAAGCAGACCGACCAGGCCAUGGCUUGCUCGGCGUUGGCUCCGAUUCGGGCUCCGUGGGCAUCACGCUCACCGACCUCCACCCGACUGAGGACGACAACGGCCGUUAUAAUUUCAACCUCAGAGGCCAUCAUUCAGCCAUCUGCAUGGUCACCUGGAAUCGAGUUCAAACGAAACUUGCUUCGUGUGAUUCAUCGGGAGUUAUCUACGUGUGGGUGCGCAACGAUGAUCGAUGGUCCGUGGAGCUGGUGAAUGAUCGAGGAGUGAAGGUCCGUGACCUCAGCUGGAGCCCUUGUGGAUCUUCGGCACUCAUUUGCUACGAGGACAAUUUCGUUCUGAUCGGCUCAUCCACCGGCCAGCGGAUUUGGAGCAAUUCGUUCCCGUCCGCCAUCACCGUGACCGCUGGCGUUUGGGCUCCGGACUCACGGCAACUCGUGCUCGGUUUCGCUUCCGGGAACAUUCAAGUGCUGUCUGAUCAAGGUGCUAACAUAACCGAACGCUCAUUCACAACGGAUUCGAUUCUGAAAUUGGCUUGCUCGCCGACAAAUACAAAGGACGAUCGCUGGAUUUUGGCUAUUUUGACCAGCACGAAUAAAAUCCUUAUGAUAAGUGCUUUCGACCAAAUAGACCCACUCGUUUAUUCGUCUCCGCAUUCCAUUGUGCAGAUGCAGUGGAACAGCGAUGGCUCGAUUCUCGCUCUAAUCAACUCUAAUCACGAACUAGUAAUGUUAGACCGUGAAGCUCGCGUUGUCCACAAGGAGACGUUGGCUCUACCGAAGGACAAGCCACUGUCAGCGCUAACAUGGGCUCACGAGGGCCGAGCUGUUAUCGUUGCUGCUGGAGGUCACCUCGCCAUCGGCAAGCUGCUAUUGGGUGUUCCACUUCUGUUCGAUCUAGUCACUUAUGAAGCUGUGGCGAUAUCUGGGCUCGGAGUCGAAGAAAGUGGACUCAUUGCCGAUACCUGUGAAAGAGAAAAUGCCUUGCAUUCGCUUGAUCAUUCACAGAUUCGUGCCGAAUACCACGAGUUGACGACUUGUGUUCAUUCGUAUGUAGUGCAAGUGAAGCAAGGUGUUACUGCACGAUCAAACCGCUGUCCAGGGGAAGUCACUCUUAUGUUCUAUGCAUGGAACAUCUCGGAGGAUUAG